AGAAAACCGUUGUGAGAAGAGGCUUCGAUCAAAGAGUGCGACUUGUGACGUAAUACCGACAUUUUCGACAUUUGCGAAGAGUUGUGCUUGGUAAGCCUUGAAGGGAUUCCAGAAGGUUUAGUCGUCCGAUUUCGAAUGGAUAGUGACCCAUGACAAACAUCUUCUCAAAUUUAUUAGGGAACUUUCAACAUUGGAGACUCAUCCCAUGAUGCCGAAAAGUUUAAUUUUCCGUUUCCAUUCAGUUCAAAAGUCGGGUAACCGGUGGUGAAAUAAAGAUGGAUAAAACCACUGGCAAGUUGACCGAAAAAGAUAUACAGGAGCUGAAAACAGCCUUUCGGUUGAUGGAUGACAACCAUGAUGGUUACAUCAGCGCCAGUGAACUCAAGGAAAUGAUGUUCAAACUGGGCCUGAAUAUAACCGAGGAUGAGGUAGACAGAUUCAUACAACAGGCAGACUUGUCAGGCACUGGACUGGGCGUAAGUGAGACAGACUUCUUGGAAUGGAUGGCGUCCCGGUGCAGUGACGAACACACGGCACUUAGAGAUGUUUUUAUCAUAUUUGAUAAGAAUGGCGAUGGCUUAAUAUCAAAGGAGGAAUUAAAGAACGGCUUGGAAGCGAUCGGAGAAAAUCUAAGUGAGUCUUUACUUGAUGAUUUAUUCAGAAUGGCGGACUUGAACAAGGAUGGAUUUGUCAACUUUGAAGAAUUUGUAAUCAUUAUGUCUGAAGAACGAGGCACGCCAAUGUGUAUGUGAAAGCGACACGUUGCUCUUAUAGCUUAAGUGAUGAUGAAAAGUUUUGAGACAGGCGACAAUCGAAGCAAAUUAAAUGCGUAUUCGCCCUGAUGUGCUUCGUAAUGCAUAUAAUGACUAUGAUUUAUAGCUUUUUCGGCCGGCAUCCAAACAGACUAGCGAUUGUCUUCAGCUCCGCCUGAAAGAAUGGCAGCGAAGUGGAAUAGACAAUGAAAUUGAAGCAAUAGUUGAUGAUGCUCCACUGAUGAAAGAGACGACCGAGUUCAUUGAGAGUAGCAGCAUAACCCGGAUCAAUCGGUCGCUGCGUUGCGAUUAUAAAACUAGUCCAUGUGACGGUGCUGGGCGUCAUAAACACGAGAUACAUUGCUGACACGAUGAAGAGGUUUAUCAGUGACUUUCUGUCCUGGUUCUCUUUUGGUUGGACUCCCGUCUUGGUAAUGUUCCGUCCUGAUAACACAAUUCCCAGAACAAUUAGAAGGUUUGCGAUGAAAAUUAUCGCACCAGGGAUGAAGUAGAAGAGAGAAUUUUCAAGAAAUGUGAAAAACAGCCACUGUUUGGGAUCAUAGAAACACUGAGAUAUGCCGUCCACUUGCAAGACGUCGCUUAGGAUGGGCGUAUAGAGGCAGAUUAGACUUAGUGAGACACACAUAAGAAUUAAGAAACAUUUUCGUCGCGUUGCAGUGAUGCUUGAACGUUUUAGAGGGAACCAGACUACUACCGCCCUCUCUAGAGAGAAUAUAGCAAUAAUCCAAGCAGAAAUAGAUUGCAGAAGCAAAAAUAAGUAAAGGUGGACUUUGCAGCUUAAACUUGACAUUUGGAAGAGAUUGAUAGAGACUCUUCCAUUUGUGACAGCGCUUAAUCCCUUCGACAGCCAAAGGGCCAUUCCAACGAAUACGAUGCAACAGGUAUCUGUGACAGCCAGGGUACUGAGGUAGUGGAUGGUGGCAUCAUUGCGUCUCCUCACUCUGUAGAAGACUAUUAUGGACAAACUAUUGCCAACCACACCAACGGACAUGAUCACAAUCAUCACAUAGCCCUGUAUGAAUGAGAUAACAUCGUGUAAAAUCAACCUAAAACCAUCUUCAGAAAUAUGAGUGUCCGUUGCUUGAACUGACAUGUUCAUGAUGGCGCGACACUACCUUUUGCGGAACAGCUUUGUAGAAUGCAGUCCGUGGUUCAGUCCCUUUUUCGUGUUGUUUGGGCUUGGAUCCCAUUUACUACUUGUUACCAUAACCUGGCAUGCCCUCUGUAAGCACUAAGCAACAGGUUUCUCAAUGUAUACGUGUUUUUAGCUAUACCGAAUUUCUCCGUGAUUGACAGACGGCCUACCCGAUUCACUUCUGUCCGAAAGCGAUCUGAAGUCUCACCUCGAUCCUCAACUGUGAUUGGUUAAAUUCUGAAGACUGCACCGACACAGCAAGUUUGAGGCAUUCCGAUUGGGCAAUAUGACCGACAAAUGCUGCUUUCGCAAAUCUCCGAAUACGCGUUGGUUGAUAUCCCAUGUUGGAUUAUUGAUAAAACUGCGAUACGGAAUGACUAUAGAAAUGAGCAUCAGCUACCGUACCAGCUAUACCUCGCCUUGCCUUUCGCUGUUAUUUUGGUAAUGCAAUAAUGUUUCAUCCAGUCUCCUAAAAUAUCCACCCUUGAAAACUCGAAAUAGCUCCUAUUGUUCGCUGCUGCUCGAUAUAUCACAGUCAUUUUCUUGAACUUGUGCUAGAUCAUAUUUGGCCACUAUAUGCUCAUAUACAUGAACAUUAGAUUAUCAUAACUCGCACAUAUUAUAUUUGAUUCUUUGGCAAAAUACUGCUUUAUUCACAAAAUUCUUGACAAAACUAUACCUACCGUCAGUCACUUUUGAACUACAUGUAAUACCCUUUCUUGUCGUUUCUUGUCGAGGGGGUCAGGGAUUUGAAACAAAAACGGUGCCCCACCGCGACCAAAACUUUGAGUCAGCCCUGGUGGAGGUUUUACCAGCCGUCUGCUCAAAACGCGGCGUGAAUUACAAAAUCCUUGUGCGUGAUACGCGACGUUCGUUGGACGCUGCAUUGUAUAAAUGUGGAGCUAGGCAUAUGUGGUGAUAAAAUAAUGUUGCAGUUCAUUCGGUUUAACUUACCUAGUUUAACGUUGAAACGUUCAUGUAAUAUUUUUGUGGACAAGUACCAUGUCCUUCCUCCAAGGCGCUCACUGACUGUUUUAGCUGUGAAUUCCAUAGCGGAGGGAUAAGGUACCAGUCCAGCAUGUACUAGCAAGGCCAAUAAAUUUGGGGAAGGUUUUAGCA